AUGGCAAGCAAACAAAAGCGCAUCGCCGUCAUCGGCGCCGGUGCAGCAGGAAUGUCCUGCGCCUCAACACUGGCAAAACACCAGAAAUUCAACGUAACGCUCAUCGACUGCGCCGCCCAAACAGGCGGGCAAGCAACCUCACUAGAUCUCGACGCCUCCAAACACGGCGCAUCCUGGCUCAACGACGGCGUUCAGGGGGGCAGCUCGAUCUUCAAACACACCUUCAAACUCUUCCACGACCAGGGCUACAGCGCACAAGAAGUAAAACUGCAAGUCUCGUUCGGAAAGGGAAGCGAUAGUUUCUUCACGAACGUCUUCCCCUCGCGUCUUGUGGACCAGUUCCAGAAUGAGAUUUCAAAGUUCGGCCGCGUGCUGAAGAUUAUCAAGUACGGGUUCCCGGUCUUCGGGAUCCUGCCUAUCAAGGUCCUAUUAAAACUAUUCCGCUUCAGCACCGAGUUUGGGAAUAAGAUGCUUUUGCCGCUGGUGGCGCUGUUUCUGGGGACGGGGAACCAGACGCCGAAUGUUGCUGGGGGGUUGUUGGAGAGGCUCUUUGGGGAUCCGCAGAUGAGGCUUUGGGUGUUUGACCGGGAAGGGCUGGUGAGUGGGUUGCCGGUGAUGUAUACGUUUCCGAGAUUAGGGCAGUUUUAUGCGGAUUGGAGGAGGGAUUUGGAAAUGAGGAAGGGGGUUAGGGUUUUGCUUGGGAUGGAGGUGGAGGUUUUGCGCAGAGAUGGUGCUGGGGUUGUGUUGGGUAUGCGUACGCAGGAUGGGCAGCAGGUGGAGGAGGAGUUUGACGAGAUGGUCCUGUGUACGCCUGCAGACGAGUCGCUGAAGAUUCUCGGACGGCACGCGACAUGGAAGGAGAAAUGGGUUCUUGGGGGCGUGAAGUUCUUUGACGACGUGACGAUCACACAUAGCGAUGCGGGAUAUUUCAACAGUGUCUUUGAGACGAAGGCCCGAGAUGAGCUUUGCGCUGCAGCGACGACAACAGAGCGAGAAGAACAGCUCGCGUUUGCGAGAGCGGCGUCGACAUGCGAGGAAGAUGGCUGGACGGGGUUCAACCCGAUGUACUUCACGCAUUCGUAUGGUAGCGAGCAGGACAAGAUCGAGAUGGGGUUUGACUGCUCGAACUACCAGCACCAGUUCCGAGAGAGCGUGGGCGUUGGGAACAGGCCCUAUCCGCCAGACCAGCAUGUGUACCAGACGAUAUUCCUCGACAAGCAGCGGCAGGAUCUGUGGACGUGGGAUGCGAUUGACAAGGACAAGAUUAUUGGGCAGAAAUGGUGGCAUCAGUUUGGCCAUCGGUGGCAGCAUUACCUGCGGGUUGUGCCUGGGAUGAUGUUCAUCAAUGGGAAGAACAGGACCCUGUUUGCUGGGGCGUGGACUCUGGUUAAUAUGCACGAAAUCGCGUGUGUCUCGGGAAUUGCAGCGGCGUAUCGUCUUGGAGCGAACUACGACGAAUUCGAUGACUUUGCGACCGGAUUGUUCUCGAAGUAUCUUCUUGCCUGCCAUGGCGUCCGCUACAGGAGAGAAGACAGGAAGCACACGUAG